AUGGGACAACAGGAUAAGAGCAAACCGUUUCUUCCGUUGGCCCCAGGGCCGCCGCGCAUCGAUAGCCGUCAAUCGACCGAAGAAGAACUCCACGGCCUGCCUAGCAUGCAAGACAGCAAAGCGAAAGGCAAGCUAGCCUGUUCUGGACCCCCGUCCCCGUGCAAGGCCUGCGUAGGCGCUAAUGUCGAGAAUGAUUGCCACUUCGACCCAAGUCGUGAUUUGAGGCGCAAGGUUGCAGUGAAGCGAACCAUUCAGGAGCUCUCCGACGUUCGGGAUCUAUUAGAAUCAUUGCUGUCAACAGUUCGGCUCGCAACACCAGACAAGAUCGGAGAGGUCGUUGGAGUUAUAAAAAGCAAUGGCUCCAUGUGUGAUAUUGCGUUUGCCGUUGGUUGUCCAGUCACAAAUUUUACGGACUCAGCAAGCCUAUCAAAUGCAAGCCAACUAUCCAACUCAGAAGAGGGUGAGCAAGUGUUAGAGUCCCCGAUGGGCGAGAAUUUUGGGGCCAAAGCUCGGCGACCAUCAGAAAUCUCUGUGAUAUCGACAUCACCGGAACGAGACCAUCAUAUCGAGAUGCCUGGAGCCACAUUUGACCCUUAUGCACGGGUCUCGUUGGAAAGUCUCUGUAAUAUCCCGUUGUAUGAAGUACCGGCAAAACCGUGGACGGAGGUAACCAACGAUGACAGCCUUGUGUCAGUUCUGGUAUCUCUCUAUUUCACAUGGGAUCAUCCAUGUGCACAGUUCUUGGACCAAGGAAUAUUCGUCGAACACAUGAAGAGCAGAGACGUUGAAUCGGAAUUUUGCACCCCCCUUCUCGUCAACAGUCUUCUAUCAAUGGCAAGCGCCCAUUGUGACAGCCCUCAUAAUUAUCCCCAUAUGGAAAAUGAAUGUUUUCGCGGAGAGACAUUUUUCGCAGAGGCAGAGAGGCUGUGGAAAGCCCAGGAGGGCCGUCCAUCGUUGCCGAAUAUCCAAGCUCUCCUGCUGAUGUGCUCUGUGCUUUCAUGUCAAGGGAAGGCAAAUCUCGGCUGGCUGAUGUUACAGCAGGCGGUCCAAUUAGCGCGUGAUAUGGACUUGCUCAUACUCCCCGAGGCCCCAAAUUCAAAACAUAUGUUCAAAUAUGAUAUAACGCCCGAUAUGGAACACGUUCGCAACAUUACGGCGUGGGGCAUCUCUAGCUUGAAUGGGCAAAUGUCAAUGAAGUUGAAAAAGGUGGCAACUCUGUCACAACCUGCAACUAAAAUUGACACCGGCGGCGAUCAUGAUUUCGACUGGAUACCCUAUCCGCGGUCAAACCACAUCACCUAUACCACGAAACGAGCACACUUGCCUGAAGUCAGACAGGGUCUUGCUGAAUUAACAGAUAUCAUGCUGCAUAUCGAGAAGCUUCGAUAUGACAAGGAGCUGAAUUCAGACUUUGAUCUCUUGAUGGCGAGAGCAGAGGUGCCAUAUCACCAACUGCAAGAGUGGCUAGUAGCUUGGCCGAGCACGUCGCAGAUUGGAAUAGAGCCUGUUUCACAGAUUCUGAUUCUGCGCAUCAAAUGCGUCCAUGUGAUCAUGCAUCUCAUAGAACUGCUAGUCGAGCGGGACUAUCAAUCGAGCAAGACUUCUCAACUGCAAGAAACUUGGCUUGCUCAGGUAAAGGAAAUGGCACAGUGCCUUCGUAUCCACCGCCAGUCCUAUGGGAUUAAGCACAUCCCAAGCCAGGUGGCCGAUGCCGUCCAGGGGGCCCUUCGAGUUCUGGUCCAUCGCCUAGAGGAUUUGGGUGAAGCAAAGCAGGCAUUUAUUGAGCUGUGUCGUUUUGGGGUUGCGAUGGGCCAAAGGUUCAAGUCAACCGCUGAAACUAUUCAGACUAUCCAAUCCUUAUCGAGUCGGGGGUCGGUGAUGCUGCCGAAACAAGCCAUCGCGAUUUUGAACGAUUCGGAAUGA